UUCCAAAUGUCAAUAUAUCGGCACGGCCCAGGAUGGUUUGUGCAUGUGCAUUGAGGAAUGAGAGGACAACUCCGGAUCCGGUGCCUACUUCGACAACCAGCGGCGACGGUGAGUGGGCAGCACUGUAUCGGGUCCGUAGGAAGUCCUUCUCAGUCUCAGAUGAUAAAGUAUCAAGCAACAGGUAUGAAUCCUCUGCAGGCUCGUAAAUCCGCUCGAAAUCUACAUGCGAGGUUGACGGCGUGGGAAGCAUGGUCGAAUGAGCAAUGAGUUGGUGCAAGGCUGAGAAGAGUUGACCUUUCUCUUUCUCUUUUGCCGACUUCGCUAAAAUGGUUCGGUCAUGACGCUCUCUAGGCUUAGACAAUCCGAGGUCCUCGACCAUCUUCUCAACAACAAUAUAUCACACAUUGAAAAUGAGAAUCAAUCCACGUUUGAGGCUGGCUACACCUGCUAUGACUGGUACUGCUAGGGGACUCAGACCUCCCCCAUUGGCCUUGUUACCGCCCAUUCCACUAUACCGACGCCUUUUGCGAGCUCAUCGCAAGCAUUUACCGCAGGACAUGCGAUUGAUGGGCGAUGAAUAUAUAAAGAGCGAAUUCAGAGCCCAUAGAAAUGUCGAGAAUCCAGUGCAUAUUAUAGGGUUCCUGACCGAAUGGCAGAUGUAUGCUCAGAAAUUGGAAGGAGAUUCUUGGUUGGGAGAGCGCAUGGAUCCCGGGAAAAUAGAGAAGAUGAGUGAUCAACAAUUAGGUCAAAUGUAUGAAUUGUUGCAGGCGAUACGGAAGAAACAACUCGAAGAUGGGGAUAGGGAACAUCAAUAAGUUAAAGUGAACACUCACGACUCGCGAUGGAAUAACAAUGAACACCGCAUGGAUUCUCGUUUUUCGUUGGAGGUCUAGUCAUUUCUGAUUGUCCAAUGGUAGAACCAGGCCAGCGAAAUGACAAAAAGUUCACAUACUAUAUGUGAUGACUGUAUGGACGAUUUGAGUCAGGACCUUACCAAGACUUCCAAUGGCUUCCAGUUUCGAUUUUUUCGAUUCUUAUCUCCAACAUUAAGACCAAGCUUACAAGCCGGUCUCUACUCGAAUAGAAUAUUGUCUACCUACAGGUAGUCUGACAAUAUCUACACUCGAUAUGUGUACAUACAACGCCUAUGUUUCAGAAG